CUUUCAAGUACAGUUGACCAAGGUUGUUAUGGUAAUAUUACAAAGAACCGACCCGGAUCCGACUGGGUGGAGGAGCUGGUAUGGUAUAUAAAUAUUGAAACUUGAUUUGCGUUUAAGAGUUGAAGUGAGUGUUGAGUGUUAUUCUGGGGUUGGAUUGGUGGAUCAAAUAUGCAGCAGCAACAGCAACAGGGUCAGAGUGGAGGAUCUGAAAUGGAGGUAACAUGGGAGGACCAGCAAAACAUUAACAAAUUUGGAAGAUUGAAUAAUCGUCUUCACGAGCUUGAAGACGAGAUCAAAAUCGCCAAGGAAUCAAAUGAUAAUUUGGAGGAUGCAGGCAAUGAGUUGAUUCUUACAGAUGAAGAUGUUGUUCGAUUCCAAAUAGGGGAAGUUUUUGCUCAUGUGCCAAAAGACGAGGUGGAGACCAGGAUAGAGCAGAUGAAAGAGGCCACUAGCCAAAAUUUGGAGAAGCUUGAAGAAGAGAAGGAAUCUAUAAUUGCUCAGAUGGCCGAGCUGAAGAAAAUUCUAUAUGGGAAAUUCAAGGAUUCAAUCAAUCUAGAGGAGGAGUAAAAUUUCUCAUAUUUGGUACCCUUUUUGUAAUGUUUUGAAAAAGAGAUUCUGAAAUAUGAAUUUGAUUGGCAUACAGUGGCCAUGAUUUUGAUUGAAUAUCGAUAGUUGAAUUAACUUCA